GAACUUCCGUGGUUUGUGGGCGUACCGUUCUCGAGUGGCUCGUCACUUGUUCGCUGGCGACUCUAUCUGUACGCAUAAAGACAUGGUGAAAAAAAUUGUCACAAAGUCUUUCGAAGAGUUCCAAGCUGCAACCAAGUCUCUGAAAUCCAAAGACACAAAAGGAAACCAGGAUUUGGUGCUGUGUUUCUUCACUGGAUCAGAAGAUGCAAGCGGCAAAAGCUGGUGCCCCGACUGCGUUGCAGCAAAACCCGUUCUGGAAGCAGCUCUGGAAAAGGCUCCAAAAGAAACGACACUGAUCACAUGCUACAUUGAAAGAGCAGUCUGGAAAGACAUGAAGAACCCAUUCAGGACUGACAAAGCCCUUGAGUUGAAGUGUGUACCAACACUGAUGCGAUGGGGAACCGCUCAGAGGCUGGAUGACACGCAGUGCCAGAAAAAGGACAUGGUUGAGAUGCUCUUUGAAGACUGAAUAAAACAUGUAGCUAGAA